AUGCAGAAAAUGUCCUCCCGGGAGCGAACAGCAACCUCCAGGUCGCGAGCGGAGAAGUCACGACCAGUGAUAAUCGUUCCUCCCCAAGUGGAAAUCGUCCCCGGGCGCUUGACUGAGACCGAAUGGCUCUCCUUGGUCUCAGCUGAGGAAAGGGAGGAGGAAGCUGGGGACAUUUUUGCGGAGUUCUUAGACCAUGUAAUGAAAGCAUGCUACGAAGUCUAUCUAGCUCGACAGCGCGUGCCCUUCACCGUCAACCAGGCGAAGGAUGCCAUCCUGCAGAUCACCGAGUGGCGCUUCCUGAUGCGGGACGAGGGGGAGCUGAACUUGGAGGAAGAUGCCACCUGGCAAGAAGACGAAGAGCCGGAGCCCUGCAUCACGGAUUCCUGGGCACAGGGCUCUGUUCCUGUCACGCAAGAGCAUCUGCCGCCAAACCCAGAUAAGACACAGCAGCCCCGUCGUAGCUGUUUGCGUGCUCAAGGUGUCAGGACGUGCGGGCAAGCAGCAGUGCCCACAACAGCACAACAAGGCCGGCCCGUUCGCCGCAGGCUGCGCUUCCAGGGAGAAAACGGGGACGAGACCUUUGAAAUCAAGUCACCUCAGAUCGAAGACUUUAACAUACCUGACCCCAGAUACUCAGUCUCUCCCCGUCUCCCCCUUCGUCCUUUCCUGGCGCAGGUGCAAGUGUGCAGGUCCUGCGGCUGGAGGGCUGCGGUCAGCAAUCCCUCUCUGGCUGCACAAGGCCAGGGCCCCUGCUCUGCCACAAGGUCCCUGUGCUCUGAACCAGUCUCGGGCUCUAACACUCUGCCUGAAGAGGCUGAGCUCUCCUUGGAACCCCACAGAGUGCCAUCGCUUUCCUGCCUGGAUCUGCUGCAGUACGAGCAGGUCCCCGUUCCCCAGCUUUUGAAGAGACAAUCUCCUCCACCUUGUCAUAUCCCGCUUCCUGAGCCAUGCUCUCUCUGCCAAGCCAGGGCAAGGUCUUCUUACGAGCCCCACGAGGGGCCACAGCACUUGCCUAACCUUGAGAGCAUGGAUGAGCCCCUGCAAGGGGCAGGGGAGGAACUGCUUGAGCAGCAGCUCUCCCAUGUGGACUUGGAAGAAAGCUCCAUGGGGAAGGUUAGCAGUCCCAAGCCCCCAUCCUCCAGCAACCUGAUAGAGAUUCAGACCAGGAGACCGUCAAGCAGCAAGGAGGGAAAAUAUGAUAAGUUUGAGACUGUCCCAGGAAUUUCCAGGCUGGACCGAGCCCACCUGCCCAAGCACUGGAUCGGGCCGCAGGUGGAGGUGCUGGACCCAGAUGUGGAAGCCAAGAGGCAUGAAGGUCCCCAGGCUGUUUCCAGGCACAGUCAGGAGACCCAGAAAUUUGGCAGACGAGGAUCAGAGCUCAGCAGCUCAAAGCUCCUCCAAGAGGUGGGACCCACAAGAGGAGAACAUCUCCUGCCACCUCUGAAGACGACCCUGGAGCCCAGCAGCCCUGUGCCCUGGAAGCCGGGGGCCUUGCUGGACUCCAUUAAGCCGGCCCCAGGUGUGACUGUCAGGGAUGGUGGCAGCGUGAAGCAAGGGCCCUGCCUUCCCGCUGACGAGGAGGAGGAGAUGGCCGAGAGGGACCUGAGACCCGUCUGCCUCGCUGUGCCGAUCCCGGCCCUUGCUGUGGAGCAGGUCACAUGCAGUCGCAGUCCCCAGAUCCAGCACGCGUCCCACGUGUCCGCAAGGCCACGGGAUCAGUGAGCAGCAUGUGGGGCGAGCCCCCGGCUCAGGGCCGGACCAGCCGCUUCCCCGUCCCCCGGCCAAACUGCGCGGCCAGGCCUCGCUUCUCAGUGCACGCCACGUGCUGCUUCGGUGCUGCGUGUACCGGGCGCCGGGGCCAAGACCUCCUCGAAGCUGACCCUCCUGCGUCAGUCUGCUCGUCUUCCUUCUUCUCUAAGCGAUGCUGGCGGGACCCUGGGCUGCUUCCCUUGCGUCUCCGGGCGCGUGGUCUUCUCCCGCACAGAGCUGCCCUCUCGCACAAGCUCGCACUGGGAGACACUCCUGCCCCCAGCUUGCUCUUAAUGCCUCCACCUCCCCCUGGCAGCCCAACUCUUGGGUGGAAAACCACUUCCUUCCCUCCUCGCCGGGGGCCCUUCCCAAGCCCAGCCCCGGCAGCCGGCUCAGCGCUGCGGUGCCGCGGUCCUGGCGCGGAGUCGGAGCAGGCGGGGCAAGGGGCAAGACAGGGGCUGGCUCAGCUCCUGCCUCUCGCCUGGGCUCCCGGUGCCCCGGGGCUCUGCACUGGCAGAGCGGCCUCUCCCCGGGGCUGGGGCUGCCGCGAGAGGCUGCCCUCGCCCUGCCUAACCGUAGCUACCACUGGGCUCUCCUUGGCAGCUGAACGCCCUGCGCCAGAGAGCUGCUCUAGGAGAAGUGUCCUGUCCGACGCGCGCUGCUCUGGCCGCUCGUUUGUGGGGUUUUGUGUCUGGAGCACGAACGUGGCCCGCUCUGUCGCGUUCCCUCCUUCCUGCCUCCCCCCCUCGGCGCUGAACACGCUCACGGUGCCGCUCCCAGCGCCUCCGCUCGCUCUUCCUUGGCGGCAGGCGUCGGUCACGGCUCCAGAGUUGAGCGGUCCCUUCCCAGCCCCUUCCCGGCCGAGCGGGAGCAGAGCUGCACCUUUG